CGCCUGAUUUGGUGGUGAGGCCUCGGUCUGGCCAUGGGAUUCUCCGUCAAUCAGCUUCGGCCGUUCCAGCCCACAUUGGUUUGUGGCUUCGGUUCUCCGCAAAAUCGGCUGACGCUUCGUUUCGCUCUGCAGGAUCGGACGCGACAAUUUUAUUCGCCAGUGUCUUCAAUCCGGGUUUGUGCUCAUGAUCUUUGUCAAGCAGCAAGGCCGACGGGGGACGGCUCUCGCGAGCUUCGUGACAAUCGUACCAGGUGCUCCUGCGUCCUUACGGGAUUAACCCGGCGGGCAUCAACUGAGUAGCAAGUGACGAUGCCAUCCUCAUGGUGUCUUGACCUCGGAAGACUUAGCUCGCUCCGUAUGUCGGUCGUGUAGUUCAUCCCCAGGUUCUUUAAGAAUGGCGGGUCCUGCUCCUCUUCUGCCGUUUUGUCUCCGCACUUUUCUUCUCCAGAUUCUCGACCAUUGAGCGCAACCUUAGUAAAAAUGCGUCUCUCUCCUGCGUGGUACCAGUUCCUCGUCGGCGUCUUCGCCUCCCUGGGAUCGUUUCUUUACGGAUAUGAUCUUGGUGUCAUUGCAGAAGUGAUUGCCAGCGGGUCGUUCAAAACGACCUUCCACAACCCAGAUGAUACCGAAACUGGCUUGGUAGUCUCCAUGUUCACAGCAGGUGCUUUCUGCGGCUCUGCAUUCGCUGGCCCUACUGGUGAUUACCUUGGACGACGAUGGACCAUCAUCAUAGGUUGUAUCGUCUUUUGUCUUGGUGGAGGUCUGCAAACUGGUGCUCAGACUAUCGACUAUCUGUACAGUGGAAGAUUCUUCGCUGGAGUUGGGGUCGGUUUCCUCACCAUGAUCGUGCCUCUAUACCAAGCAGAAAUCUGCCACCCAGAUAUUCGUGGCCGUGUCACUUCCCUUCAGCAGUUUAUGCUUGGAGUCGGAGCUCUUUGCGCUGCGUGGAUUUCUUACGGCACUUAUAUCGGGUUCGAGGAGACAAACAAUGCUCAGUGGCAGGUUCCUCUUGGUCUGCAGAUCGUCCCGGCGGUCUUUCUUGGCCUUCUAAUCAUGCUGUUCCCCGAGUCACCCCGUUGGCUUAUUGAUCAUGGUCGUCAUGAGCAAGGGCUUAAGACUCUGGCGCGGCUCCACGCUUAUGGUGACGAGAACGAUGCCUGGGUUCGUGCGGAGUACACACAGAUUCAGGAAACCAUCACUCGGGAGCAUGAGGAAGAGGCCAAGUCCUAUCUGGAGCUUUUCAGGAACCGGUCGUCCUUCCGUCGUCUCUUCCUUUGCUGCGCACUCCAGGCUUCCGUGCAGAUGACUGGUGUAUCGGCGAUCCAGUACUACUCCGUUGAGAUAUACGGUCAGAUCGGAAUCGAGAACGACGAGACCCUGCGCUAUCAGGCAAUCAACUCCGUCAUCGCCUUGGUCGCUCAGUUCCUGUGCAUGAUGCUCAUCGAUCGCUUCGGUCGUCGCUGGAGUUUGAUCGGUGGCAACCUGGGCAACUGUCUCACCUUCAUCAUUGCUUGCAUCCUGCUCGCAAAAUUCCCUCCAGAGGUCAACAACACCGGUGCCCACUGGGGUUUCAUCAUCAUGACCUGGUUGUACAACUUCUCGUUCUCAUGCACCUGCGGUCCACUGUCCUGGAUUAUUCCCGCCGAAGUCUUCGACACUCGCACUCGCGCAAAGGGUGUUUCGCUUGCGACCAUGACCUCAUAUGCCUUCAACACCAUGAUCGGACAGGUGACGCCAAUUGCCAUGACCGAUAUCGGGUACCGCUACUACUUCCUCUUCAUCAUCUGCAACUUCACCAAUGCCGUGUUCUUCUGGCUGCUUCUACCCGAGACGAAGAAGCUGCCCCUUGAGGAAAUGAACUACCUCUUCUCCAAUUCCCCCUGGAUUGUUCCCGGCACAAAGAAGGAGGACUACAUGGUUCAUGAUCUGGAGCGCAGGGUCGUGGAGCAGGAGGAGAAGCAGCACGCAUAUGCGACGCAUGACGAGACGGAGGCGAAGUAAGCCAGGCCAGGCGUAAAGCCGCAUAUGCGGCUAUGCUUGAUGAUACUGUGUAAUUUAACGAGAUAUCACAGAUGAGAUGGGCCAUGUGUAGUAGAUAAUGUCUUGUUGUGGCAGAAAGGGGGUUGAAGGGGCUGUCCCGGUGAUAUAGCCAGUUUCAUAUAUAUAUAUAUAUAUAUAUAUGUCGAUGUGCCGACUAGUGCGGUAGGCGGACUUCAUUCCAUUCGUGAUAAAGUACCAUUCGAGUAGAGACAAUACGGACCUGCAUUCUGCGGCCCGUAGUUAAUGCAGUGGCCUGCAUACUGGUGCUUAGUAUAAAGUCGGAGGGUGGAGUUCCGGCGGAGUUCUCGCAUAGUGCGGUAUGUUAUGAUAUUAUUCUGAGUCUGAGCUGUAGCCGGCCAGUCCGAGAGACGGUGCAGGUGGACUAGUAGCCGGUUUUGAUUGUGGUUCAGCAGGGCUUCCAGAUUUCGCGUCCUUCGCAGAUUGGUACACAGUCGCCUGACUUCGCUGUUCCCGCGCCGUUGAAGCGCUGCUCUUCUCGCCACCCCUGCUCUCAACAAUCUCCUUUGCCUUUUUGCUUGUUCUCUGCUCACUCGUAGUAUCAUCAGCGACCUCCUCACCCACGGAUUUCCGCUUCCGCCCCGGAAUAAGCAAAUCCUUGCCCUUCUCACGGCGACGCUUGCGCGAUGCGAUCUUCCAGUCUUCACCUUCAGCCGCGGGCGUCACAUCUGCAGCAUUAUCUUCAAGCGCAGCCUUCUCAGCCUUCUCGCGUUGUCGCCGGAACAGCUCCAAUUGCUCAGCAGUUUCCUUCUUGACAGUAGCCUCCUGAGCACGAGUCGACUCCAUAAUUGAGUCUAGGAAAUCAACCUCAUCUUCGUCGAGUGCGCGGAAUUGGUUCUUCAGUUUGAUCUUUUCCUCAAAGGCUUCCUGUUUGGCCACUUUAUGUCGUCAAGAGAGGAUCAUCAGGGACGUCGUAUAAGCUCUUCCCAUCUUGUUUUCCUAGCUCGGCUUUUCGUCGGCGUUCCUCCUCGAGCUCUCGCUGCACGCGGAGCCAUUCGUCAUCGCGCUCAACUGGCUCUUGAUCCGUUCCUGCGGAGACGAAUCCUGAAGACAUUUUUGUGUUUCUUGCAGUAAAAAGAGUAAUAAGGUGCAAUGCCUGCUCCAAUCCAAAGAAUGGGGCGGUUAGAUGGUGGCUGGAAAUUAAAAGAACGACUACAAAACUGGAAGAUGAGGAAGACCAAAUCGUAAUUGACCGUAUCAAUUGCCUGCUCAAUAAUUCCUUUGAAACUCGGGCAUGGAAGAAAUUGUGUCUGUCGCGACUAACAUACAAGGAAGAAAGGCUU